ACUCCAUUUGACAAUGUUGACAUUUGUUAUCAAUAAUAUAAUAACCUAACCUUUAUAUACUGCCAACUAUGCAAGUGUGAAAUAAAUAUUUGAAUAUUAGAACUAUUUCUCAAGGAUAUCUGAGAAUGGAUAUCAAUUUAAUGCUUUGGUUGUUUUGUGGUUCCGCUCUGUUUUUUUCUAUAUUUUUAUCUAUUUGCAUCAUUUUAAUUUCAACGUCCAAAGUGUAUCCUGUGGUAGUCAGAAGCAAAAAAGAGAAGUAUUUCGUGAACCCAAAUGAUGGAAAGCUUGCAGAAUUCCCAUCUAUUUACGACAAAUCAACCGUACAUUUGAGUGUUAUCGUACCGGCUUACAAUGAAGAAGAAAGACUUACCCCAAUGCUGGAAGAAUGUACACAAUUUCUACAAAAUCGAUGUGAAAAUUCUAAUUUCAGAUAUGAAAUCAUUGUAGUAAGUGAUGGCAGUACAGAUCAUACUGUAGAUUUGGCCCAAAAGUAUGCUAGUAAACUUGGAACCGAUACAAUUAGGGUAUUGGAUCUGGAAAAAAAUCGAGGCAAAGGAGGGGCUGUACGAUUGGGUAUGCAAAGUGCGAGGGGGGCUCUACUUUUGUUUGCCGAUGCAGACGGGGCCACCACGUUUUCAGAAUUGAAGAAACUAGAGGAAAGUUUAUCCCAACUCAUAAAAUGCGACUAUUUGAAAGAACCCUUUGCAGCUGAACAAAAUAGCGCAAUUUCUAUCGGUUCAAGAGCUCAUUUGGAAGAGGAAGCAGUAGCAUCUAGAAGUUUUUUCAGGACCAUUUUAAUGCAUGGAUUCCACUUCAUAGUUUGGCUUUUUGCCGUUAGGGGGAUUAGAGACACACAGUGUGGUUUCAAAUUGUUUACGAGGGAGGCUGCCAGAAUUUGUUUUGAUAGUCUUCACGUGGAGAGGUGGGCAUUCGACGUUGAACUGUUGUAUAUCGCUCAAACUUUGAAAAUUCCAAUUUCUGAGGUGGCUGUGAAAUGGACCGAGAUUGAUGGUUCGAAAGUCACUCCCAUAUGGAGCUGGAUACAAAUGGGUGUGGACUUGGGUCUUAUUUGGUUGAGGUAUACCAUAGGAGCUUGGAAGAUAAAACCAAUGAAGACAGACUAAUACACUUUAAUGCAUUUAAUAAUUUUGUAUCAUAGUAUAUUAAAAUAAUUGUAUUCAGUAA